UGCUAGGAGAUGAGCGCACCAGCAGCUGGCCAGGACGGACAUGCUGGGCAGCCUGUCUGCCACCAACAUGCUCGUGCUUGAGGACUGGAGGAUCUGAGUUCCAUUCUAGCUGUUUCUGCCUCACACUUACAUGUACAGGCUAAAGUUUUAUUACUUGAGAGAAGGCCAAGGUUGCCAUGUCUACCAAUGCCAGAUCUAAAGUACUAUCCUUCUGAAACAUUGAACUGAAAGACAGGCAGGUUAAAAUACUGGCAGAUUUUUUUUUUUUUUUUAAGAGAUGGGACUCCAUUUGGCUCCUAAAGUGUCUGCCUUUCUAUAACUACUCUCUUCCUUUUCUUUCCUGAGCAUUUAAACCAUCUGACGUAGUUAGACUGACCUUGAGUGUGUGUGGUCCUGGAAAACUUCUUAAGGAACAUUUCUGCAUGGUCUUUCACAUGUAAGACUUGUAAGACGCGCACUUCUAAGUAAUCUGUAGAGUGGACCCUGGGGACUCCUGUACAGCAUGAGGACUUUGCUUUUCUUUGGGCUUCACAUGCUGCUGAUCACGGCCAGAGCAUUUGUCGCCAGCAAGAGUAGUCUGACAUACGCAAUCAGAGACAUAAACCAGGAAAAGUGGGAAAAAGACAUUAGGUCAGCUGCUAGUCUGGACGAGCUGCUUAUGCUGACAGACUUUCCUGACUGGAAGCUCUGGAGUUGUCGUCUGAAGCUGAAGCAUUUUGACUAUUCUUCCUUCCCAGAACUACGUUCAGGUUCUGUGGGAUCACACAGAUCUACACGUUUUGCUUCGAACUCCUACAGCCUGGAGGUACUCAAAGCCAUUGACGAAGAGUGGCAGAAAACGCAGUGCAUGCCCCGUGAGACGUGUGUGGAUGUGGCACAGGAGCUGGGCAUUGCCAAUGACAUGUUCUUCAAGCCACCCUGUGUCUCGGUGUUCAGGUGUAACGGCUGCUGCAACAAAGAGGGAGUCACAUGCCGCAACACCAGCACUACCUACGUUAAUAAAAUACUCCUGAGCGUGGUCCCAUUUAAGUAUGGUCCGGAACCGAUGCUGAUCUCAGUAGCCAACCACACAGAAUGUAAAUGUCAGGAACCACAGAUGAUUCGCAGACAUGUUCAGCACCACAGGAAGAAUGGGUGUUUUCCAAUUCGCCAGUCAGAGGACUCCAGACACCUCUGUGAUCGAGGGCUCAUAUGGGACUGUAUGGAGGAGCGAUGUGUGCCUUAUGUCCCCAGCAAACAAGAAUUUUACCCCAUCACAAAAGCUGAGGACUGCGAAAUUGACAUAGAAAAAUGUGAAUGUCUUCCAAAAGAAAAAACAUCAGGCCAAAGAUAUCCUCUGUGUCCGUGUGCAGGAAGAAGGAGGCAGCUCAACCAGACAUCAUGCAGCUGCAAAUGAGAGCAAGUGCAUAUGGCAAGCAUGAAACCCCUGAUGACUUGUUUCUGACUAGCAGGGAUCAAGAUACAUUCUAAUUUAUUUACAUUCCUAUUUAUGACAUUACCUUAUGUACACAGUGAUGUAACAUUUAAAGGUGCAUUGGUCAAACUUUUACUGCCAUCUAUUCAAAGCUCCCAAAUUAGCUAAGAUACAUUUUAAGCUCUUCAAUGGGUCCUGGAUUUGACAUGUGGUCUCUGUCCAGUUGGACAUGCCUGAAACCGCUGAACAUGGAGAAGGGGGUGAUUCCUGAGAUGUCCAAACCACUGCAACUGCAUGGCUCUAUUUCCCAGCUAGAAAGAUCACUUUCCAUACUUUGAAGACACCUUCCGCUGCCACAUUAAAUUUCCAACAUGCUAAGUUUCUGAAUUCAACCUUUUACAAUGCAGGAGAUGUGUGACAAAAUGAAUAAUGAUACUAACACCUAAUUUCUAGAAGCUAGUCCCAGUUACACAAAUCUAAGUGUCUAUAGGUUUGCUUUUUGUCUGACUUCUCCCCCCAGAGCUUCUUAGCUGCAGGACUUUACAAGCCCUGAGGUACAGCAGCUUCUUUACCACUACAAGGUUAUGCUCCACAAAGCAUACAACAUUUGUUUUUACUAUGACAAAUAAUAGUGUAGAUAGGACAUCAAAACUUCAGAAACAAAUAAACCAAAGCAGACUGUGCUGGUCCGGGUUGGCAUUUUGUUCUGUUUACAUUUUUCCAGGCAGUCACAUUUUUAACAUGCUUCCAAAGGGCCCUGCAUUCCUCAGUUGCUAACAUGGCAGACUUCUAUGCUAAAUAUCCAGCACUGAUGGCAGAAAGUAGGCCAAAUGUUUCAAGUUUUUUGUAAUUAUUAAAUACAACCAAAUGCACCUUUUAUAUGCAAAAUGUGUUCAAUCAUUUAAAAUUUUAUUUUUUGUAUGUAAACAUACCAGUUUCUGUGCACUGAAAAUAAAAUGUAAUAUGUCC